UUUUAAGAUUAAUGAAGCUGGUGCAAAACGGUAUUGCAAAUUGAGUAUGGGAAGAAAAUGGGCUGCAAAUAGGCAAAGCUUAUGGAAUGAAUUCAAUGAUCCAACCAAAACAAGAGAUGAAAUCAUAAAAAAUGUGCCGAUAGGCAUAGAUAAAGAUCAAUGGGCUCGUUUUGUUCAUUAUCGUCAUAAACCAUCAACAUUGGAACUUUGUAGGAGAAAUAAAGAAAUUCAAAGCAAGCAAGUUAUUCCACACACUGGUGGAUCCAAAGCUAAUCCUAGAAGAAGAAAUGAGUUGUUGUUAGAAACUGGGAAGCUACCAAGUCGUGGACAAUUAUAUAUUGAAACUCAUAAAAGGAAAGAUGGAUCAUUUGUAAAUGAAGUAGCAAAGACUAUAGCGGAACAAAUUGAAGUAGUAUUGACUCAAAGCAUAGUUGAUGAAUCUGAAGUUUCUCCUCUUGAUGUUGUUGGUAGAGUGGUAGGCAUCCCUAUUGAUUCUGAACCUUAUGCUCCAAUCAAGAGAUCUUUCUUGAUCGGUGUUGCUGUGGUUGCAUCCUUUGGUUACAGCAAAGAGCGUGAUGGCUCUUGGGUGAAGCUCGUUAAAGAGGAAUUUGGGUAUGAUGAUGGAUUCAACUACAACAAGGAGUUAGAUUUUGAUGCCACUUUAAGCAAGUAA